UCCCUCUACAAAAACCCACUCAACCACCCCCAAUUCUCUCCCUCACAAUUUCGUUCUCUUCCCCAAUUUUAUUUUUUCUUCGCAUUUUCCCUGCCAUUUUCUUCCUUCCCAAACAACCAGUUUCCAAUUUCAAAUUAUAAAACACAAAAACCAUGCGGCUCAGCUGUAAUGGAUGCCGAGUCCUCCGCAAAGGCUGCAGCGAAAGCUGUCCAAUCCGACCAUGUCUUCAGUGGAUCAAAUCCUCUGAAUCCCAAUCCAAUGCCACUCUCUUCCUCGCUAAGUUCUAUGGCCGUGCCGGUCUUCUUAACCUUAUUAAUGCCAGUCCUCCACAUCUACGACCAGCGACUUUUAAAUCUUUGCUUUACGAUGCUUGCGGUCGGAUUGUGAACCCGGUUCACGGUUCGACCGGGUUGGUCUGGUCCGGCAACUGGAAUCUCUGCCAAGCCGCCGUCGAAGCCGUUCUUAAUGGCUCGCAGAUCGCGCCGGUUCCUAGCGAGCUAGCCGUUAGUAGCAUGAGCAUGCCAUUCAAAGCCUGCGAUAUUCGCCACGUGUCAAGGGAUGAGAACUCGGCUGCUUACGAUCGGCUUCACAAGGUUCAGUCGCGGAACCGGUUCAAACGCUCGGCUGGAAAGAAGAAGCCGAAGGUGGAGUUGAAGUCGGAAACAGAGGUCGCGAUGGAGUCGGCUGUGGACAACGUCGGCGGCGAUGGCUCCUCAUGCGCUCGGCUCUCGUGGUCUGGGUCGGCGAGUCGUGACUCGGGGUUGACUCAGCCGCCGAGUCCCGGAGGUGAUAGCGGAGACGCUGAUAAUGAUAGCCGGUCUGUAGAAACGGUGGAGACUUCGCUGGCGAAGCCGAAGCCGAAGGCGGAUGGUGAAGCCGGUUGUGGCGACUUGGAGUUGGAGUUGACAUUGGGGUUUGGACCGUGGAGUCAAGUAUAAUCCUAUAAGGGGAGCGUAUGAGAUUAACGGUCUUGAUGAAGACAAGUGUAACGUGUAACUGGGGUCAUGGUCCUCCUCCAACUCGAAUAGUUUAUGAAACAGCUAUACCUAGAUUCUAGAGACUUGAAUACUGUUUUUUUUUUUUUUGGUUUGAUUUUUCUGACUUUCUUUAAACGUAGUUUUUGGUGAUUAGAGCUGAAAGUGUAAAUUUAUACAAAUCAAAAGAAAAAAAAAUCAAAGAAAUAGAUAGGAACGAUUUGGUGGAA